AUGAAGCUCACACUGGCAAUCGCGCUUGUUGCAGCUGUGACUGCAGCACCAUCUCCAGCCCCACACUACACGUUCCCCAAGCUCAGCGGAAGUGCAGACUGGCAAUACAUACGCAAGACGGCCAACUUUCAGUCCAACGGCCCCGUCACUGAUGUGAACAGUGAUGCGAUCCGGUGCUACGAGGCCGGAUCCGUGGGUGGGACCAAGACCAUGAACGUCCAGGCGGGAGGGCAAAUCACGUUUGGCGCCGCACCAAACAUCUUCCAUAUCGGGCCCUUGAGCGGGUACAUGGCCAAGGUUCCUGCGGGACAGACGGCCGACCGUUGGGAUGGCAAGGGUGCCGUCUGGUUCAAGGUGUACCAGGAGAUGCCGAGCGGAACUCAGGGCGGACUGCAGUUUGCCAGCAACAACAAGGGAACCGUCAGCUUCACGAUCCCAAUGUGCAUCGCCAGCGGCGAGUACCUGUUCCGGGUAGAGCAUGUUGCGCUGCACGGUGCCGGGCAGAUGAACGGUGCUCAGUUCUACAUCAGCUGCGCGCAGAUCAACGUCCAGGGCGGUGCUGGUUCCAAGACGCCAAGUGGGCUGGUCAGCUUCCCCGGAGCAUACAAGGCCACCGACCCUGGAUUGCUGAUCAACAUUUACAACACCAACCGGUACACCCCUGCCGGACCAGCAGUGUUUACUUGCUAGUGAGUUCAGGCCAGCUGUACGGUGGGUGACUUUACGAGUCGAGGGGACAUGCCGUAUGAGGUAUAGGAGUAGGGAUAAGAGUGGUAGAAGUAGUAGUAGUAGUAGUAAAUAUUAAGUCUAUGGGGUUUUGUACUGCCUUUCGUGUUCCUGGCCAACCCUCCCAAGUCUAUCUAG